AUGUCGUCUCUAUCGCGUCGCGCAUGCUACAAGUGUGGCAAUGUCGGCCACUACGCAGAGGUCUGUACAUCAUCGGAGAGACUGUGUUACAACUGCAAGCAACCAGGUCACGAGUCGAACAUGUGCCCCCGACCACGUACUACUGAGACAAAACAAUGCUAUCAUUGCCAGGGUCUAGGUCAUGUCCAAGCCGACUGUCCAACCUUGCGUAUUAGUGGUGGUCCCGCUGGUGGUCGCUGCUAUUCCUGCGGCCUGAUCGGCCAUCUGGCUCGCAAUUGUCCAACUCCAAACCCGAGCGGUCCUCCACGUGGUGCUGGGCGUGGUGGCUUCGCUCCAUACCGCGGCGGCUACAAUGUCACCAACAACCGCGCAGCCACAUGCUACAAGUGUGGCGGUCCAAACCACUAUGCUCGCGAUUGUCAAGCCCAAGCAAUGAAAUGCUACGCUUGUGGGAAACUCGGGCACAUCUCUCGUGACUGUACUGCUCCCAAUGGGGGCCCUCUCAAUGCAGCUGGAAAGACCUGCUACAAAUGCAGAGAACCAGGACAUAUCAGCAAGGACUGUACCAACGUUGAAGCAAAUGGCAUAGCCCCAGCUGUGCCCAAUGGUACUGCUGCUGCUGAUGUGGCCGCACCAGCUCCAGCGGCAGAUGCUCAGGAUAUUGCCGUUGCAGCUGCGCCCUCAGCCGCUGUGGCAUAA